AUGCUAUCGAAAAAUAAGAGAGUAAUCCGAAUCGUGACCAGAAGUGCCAUUCGCCAGUUCAACUCGUAAGCAUAUGUUUCCUAUGUUCAACAUUUUAAAUUUUGUUUUUGUCUUAGAAAACAUUUGUCAAGCGACGUUCUCAUCAAAAGAGCUCUCAAUCCACAGUCUUUUUCCUACGUUGAGCAACUGGCGAAAUUCUUGAAGCAGAAUGUGACGAUACACGAACCCGGUAGGAACUUUUAGAUAGGAGAAAGAGAGACCGAGAGAGCGGAAAUUGUGGAGAUGCCUCAUAUUCAGUGAUGAAGGCUUUACUGCGAUUUCCACGAUUUCUUGUUUUAAUAAUAAUUUCAUUUCAUUCAUUCAUUUCAAGUGUUUAUUCGCCAUUCCGCAAUCAGCACAAAUACAAAAAAAAAUAAAACAUCAAGACAAUCAAAUAAAUCUAACAGCUGAUCUGUGGAAACGGCUCAGGAGGAGGGAGGCAAUGAUUUAUUUCAUUCUCAAAAAUAUCAUCUGUGAAAAAAUCAGGAGACAAGUGAUGGACAAAAGGAGUGAGAUGGAUGUUGAGAUCGAAAUUUAGUAUUUUCGACCCUACUCUUAAUUAAUGGUGUGAAGAGAUCAGAGUUUUUCGUCUACAGAAUUGACGAAAUAAACUUUAGAAAUUUCAGGUCGGUUCGUAGUGGUGCCCAAGCCUUUCGGCGUUUCCUGCAUGGGUUACGCUCAGGAGGAGGGAGGCAUCUUCCAGAAUAGCGUUCAUGAUGAAGAGAAAGUCGAAGCUAAUACCGAGCGAAUCAAGCAGAAAGUAGGACCUGAAGUAUAUUUAUUGAAAAUUUUGAUUGCUUAGGAACAGAAAAAAUCAGACUCUUCUCGAAGUAUAACCCUCGAAGAAUGUCUGAAUGAGCUCCGUCGCUCUUUCAAAGAGCCAAAUCUCACCUUCUGUACCGGUUUGAAGAGGUUUUUUAAUCGCAUAUGAUAUAAAAAACGGUGGAAUUUUUCAGAUAUGUAUCAGGACCAAUCGUUUUGCCUUGUAACAUAAAAGACUUUGAAAAUUUAAAAAAGAGCGUAAAAACUGCAACAGCGAGUGAGAGGGACCCCUUCAUGCACAGAGUUUUGUCAGUUUGCUCUCUUCAUUUCGUUUGAGUCUUUGGUGGGCACAGAGUCUAGUGGACCCCAAAUGAAAAAAAAAGAUCAAUCUCGAGAAUUUUUUGCUUGAAAACACUUCGACAAUGUGUUUGGAAUACUAAUUCUGUGAAAUUGUUUUUGAUAACUUUGAAAGUUUUAUGUGACUCAAUAUCUUUCAGGGCAAUCACAGUGGGUCGGCCGCCAGUUGAGGAAGGGAUUAUCAAUGGAUUUGCCACGUUUCAAGACGUUGGUGCCCACAAGGAGGUUCGUAGAAAAACGUCUUCUUAAUUUAUUUAUCAUCUACAGUACGUUUUCAAAGAAGCCAAGGCUUCUCGACGGGCGAAAAGUGGCAAGUUUGCGGUAGAAGGAAAGAUGGAAUACCGCGUUUUGGCGCACAACAAAGGAUGUUCGUUGGUGGAACUCGGAGUGCAGAAGUGUGGGUUCAACUCAUUUUGGAAGAAAGAAAAAGCCUGAAGUUCAGAAAAAAGAGUGUUAGUUCCGAACACAUUUGUUUGAGUGACGGCCGAGAAGAAAUCUCAAACUUUUUUUUCAAAUUAACGUUUUUUUUGCGGAAACUUGACCAUUCAAAAUUUUUCGAUGUUUUAUAUAGGUACCUUUGAGACUUCAGAUAAUCAUAAUUUCAGAUUCAUAAAAGUAAGAAAGAAGGGAAGAUAUAUUUUAUUAAUACCUCGUAAAGUAUUUUUGUAAAUGCUUAUUAUUUAGUUGAAAAAGAUUUGGAAUUCAUAAAGCUACUUAGACGAAAACUUGUUUCCAGUAGGAGUUUCUGAAGACAGAAUAUCUCAAUAAACUCCAAAUCGAAUUCAUUUGUUCUAUGUAGCCCAUUUUACAGUUGCUCGGCAUCUGCCGCGGCUAAUGUUGAGUGCCUUGGGCGCGCCUAUUCUCGGCGACGGGAUUUAUUGGCGGAGAAUGCUGAGAAUCGACGAAAAGCCAGUGAUGGUCGCGCCAAAAACUCUCAAAACGGUUAAAAAGCGCGAAAUUGUAAGCUCCUCUUUUUUUUCGUCGUCAUCGGUUUUUUUCAGUGGAUUCCUAAAGAUUUGGAAAAUACGUUGGCGAUCAAGCGGGAAGAUGUGUUUUCUUCUGUUCCUAUGUUUAUUCACGUCUAUUCUACGGUACGAUAAACUUCACUCUUUGAAAUAAUUGAAGGAAUUCAGGUUUAUCCACGGUUCGGCUCCGGAAGCUCGGAAGAUGUACUGGUAGCGUCUGCACCUCCACCACGUAUCUCAUUUACGUAUUACAAGAGAAAAAUUUACAUUUUCAGCUCAUUUUUUGGCAAUGGUCCAGUUACUCGGAAUGGGGAAAGAUUAUGAGAAAUUCGCCAAAAAUCAGGAUGAUGCUGAGGAGACCAAGGAGCUCAGCGGAGAAACUCGUUUCAGCUGAAAUUUUGUCAUUUCCUCAGUUAAAUGAACUUUUUUUUAAAUGAUUUUUUUGAUCAAAAUUCAUCGGCGAAAAUACAACUAAAAGUUGAAAAAAAAUAAGAAUAAUUGUUACGAGUUUCUAAAUUUCAGGGAGUUAUGGUAUAAAAGUAAAGAGAACUACGCGAUUAAUCUUUGAAUUCUGAAAAAGAAGAGUGAUGAAAACAGAAAACCACUAUGAAAUGUGAACAAGGCAUGGUUGAAAAGAGAGAUACAAUAUCGAUUACAGAAUACACAGCUGCAAGGUCGGCGAAGUCUUUUUUCCGGACACGUUCUCUCGAUUUUAGAAGCUUUCGCGCUCGGCUGCAUGAAUGAUGGUCGCGCCAGGGUGUUUGCUGGCUGGGUGGUCCAUUCAGCUAUCAAUAACGCCUCGGCCUACGGUAGCGUCCUUUUUUGGCUCCUAUACUUCGCUUCGAUUGUUCCCAUCUUGGUCUCAUUGUUUCGAGACAAUCAAGUAGUUUGUUGAUGCAUUAUACUCGUGAUUGAUGGAUCAUUAUUUCAAUUACGGAUAGGCUAGAGGGCGGGGUCUUCAGAUCCACCUGCGUCGGUCCGUUCGACUCCCCAGUUGGGCACAACUCCUUGAUGGCGUUCCACACGACUCUCCUACAGCUCUUCUUCGUCACAGUUGUUUCAUCUUUAGGUAGGCAGUUUUUUUCAGCUUCUGCUUCUUUGAUCUUCGAGCUACUUUUAAAUCGUUUUUUUCAGUUCAAUUUAGAAAAAAAUAUCAAUUUUCAAGAGCGUGUCGCUUCAACGGACCUACAGACCAUUUCUGAUCUUUCGUAUUAUUGACACCAUCAAUUAUUUUUAUCUUCACUAAGUACCUAUUAAAAACCCUAGCUAAUUUCGAAGAUCUUACAGUUGGAUAAGUGUUUCUGAUAGUAAAAGUGAGCUUGUAAUCAUUCUUUUACUAACAAACUAAUUUUACUUCAUUUUAUUGAUUCCUCUAAAAAAUUAAUAUAUAAGUACCGUUUGCAGUGAAAUGAAAAAAAAUUUAUAUAUUUGUUCCAUAGAUGUUUUUUUCAAAAAUAUAAAAAAACCGACAUGCAAUGGAGUGAAAGAAACUUGAAUCGCGAAGUAAGUGGCGUAAGACUGAGAAUAUAAAUGUUGAAAGUAAUUUGAUUCUGAUCAAACAGCUUUUAUUUUUAUAUCAAAAAAACGACGUUUCUAAUUUUUUUAAGUGGGUAAAUAUUAUUGAAUUUUUAUUUCUGAACCUAACUACCAACUAAGCUACUUAUCAUAAUUUAAAUUUUUCUUCCUCCUUUAAAAAGUUGCUCUACACGACCGAAGAAACAACUCCUAGUCAAAAAGUUUUAUGUUAUUUUCUUUCUAUGAAGUCAGUAUGUGGAAAAGAAAAAAUACCAAUUAGAAGGGCUUUUCACGGAAGCUGAACUGGGCAAUCUGGAAAAUACCAUCUUUUUAAAUGUUUUUUUUUUACAGAAAUAACACGUUACGAUAUCAAAAACAUCUCUGCGACGUGUUGUCCACAGAAUGUCGAGUGCUGCGAGCAGGUCAUCAACUUCAAGUGAGUCCACUGUUUCGAAUCCUUUAACUUUUCUAUUUUUCAGACAGCCAUUAAAAUGCUUGUCGAAUUCGAACGAGGAAGAGCACAUCAAGACCUACGAGUGCAUCCAGACGGCGCUGUACGGUGUGGAAUCUUUGAAGACUGCUUCAAUACAAGGUGGCCCUUUUUUCUCAGAUCUCAUGUUUCGUAUUGCGCUUAUCAAUCAUACUGGAUCACUUUGACUUGUCUUUCAACUCGUAGGCCCUCCCAACAAUUUGUCAAAACAAAGGGGUGUUUACAGAACAAUUACUGUUUGUUUUCUCUUUGUUUAGUAACCUUUCGGCGCGUUUGUGUCAUUCCCACAAGAACAAUCGACGAACGCAAGGUUUUUGCCUCGAGCAUGAGUUCUUAAUUGGCCAUUAUGGUCCCACAUUGGCGUCAAUCGCCGCUGGUCCAUUGUCUUUAAUAAUCUUAUUAAUAAUUGGACAAUUGUUUUGAUGGGAUGUUCGUGGCUGAACAAAGGCGCGCGGAGAACUUUAACUUUGUCUUUACAAUCGAAAUUUUUUUGUUUUUUUACAAUCGAAAUUUCUGAUUUACUAUCCGAUGAAAAGAAAAAAAUAUUCAGUUCUCUACAACUCACGUUUCAUGAAAAUCUUCAUAUUACAUCAAUAAUGCAUCACUUAAAUAUCUCAAGGCAUCGAAAUAAAACCUCCUUUUGAAAGAUUUUUAUCUUUGAAGGAAGAGUAAAAAGGAAAUUAGAAGACUGAAAAUUUUCUCCUUUUAUUUGAUGUGAACAGGGAUCAAACAGAUAAGUGAAGUAUCUAUUACUUUUUGAAUGAACCAGCAACAUUAAUUUAUUCAUGAAGGCCAUUUUGAGCAGAAAAAGCCUCAAUUUCAGAGCUUUAUCUUCACUUAUUUUUGCAUCGGUUCUGAAAUCGAUUGAGAUGUGAAAUUUACUUAAGAUCUGCCGUGUUGUCAAGUCUACAAGAACGACGAAAACGACGAGAACAAUAUCUGCCUGAACACGUGUGCUUCGGCCAUCAAGUCGCCUUCUCUCCGCGACAAAAUGGCUCGAGUCAAGAACUGCUCCAUAGUUAACCCACUGUUUUCAGUUUGUAUUUAUUCAUUCUUUUUCUGUUAUCUUCUCUUAUUUUAAUUGUAAUUUCCCUGACCAAUUGAUGUUUUUUUCAGUGCUUCGAACGUUGCCAAGUCCGCCGACGAGCUGGUCGCCCUACCACAGACAAGCUUUUCACUAGGUUCUGCGACCUCAAACUUCUAAUGAAACCCAAGAGUGUCUAUAUUUUUUUCAUUAAUAAUGUUAAUUUUUUUAGAGUAUUGAUUGAUAUAUAUUAUAUAACUUAUUGCAUCCCACUUACCUUUUUCGUGUCAUUUUUAUUGCAUGUUUCUGUUUUUGUCAUUUCAGAGGUUAUAUUUUAACCGUGUCAUUAACAGACGAGAUCUCAUUUGUCAUACCCUCCACGUCAUGGGUAAUUAUUGUUGAAAUAAAUUGUUUUUGGAAAAAUUACCAAAUGCUCUAAAACGAUGAAAUCAGUUGAUGAUGAUAAGAUAACGGUUGAACUGAAGCUAUCGGCACUUCCAUUAGUUUCUCGAGUUCCUUUCUCGUUUAAAAUGCAAUCGACUCACGGUUUGUUACAUAUGUUUCAGUACAAAAAAACCUUUAUUUGUUCACUUCAGGAGAUGAGCGUCAACAGCUAAACGCUCACGGGCAAACCUCUAAUAAUGGCUAGUUUUCUUUAAUAUUUCAUCAUAAGAAUUGACCGACCACGAGAAAUAAAUAACUACAGAAACAAUCUCUUCUUUUUCGAGAGCUGUUUUUUUCAUCGUGGAAAGAAAAACUAAUCUUCAUCUCAAGGCAGCGGUGAAUGAGCUAAUUUUUAAUUUUUUUUUUUCUAUUAACUAUAAUUUUUUUGCAAGAAACGAAGUAGAAAAAUCAAAUAUUUCGCAUAAAAAUAAAAAGGCGUGGCUAGUUUUUAUGCUUCAUUUCCAAAUAAAAUCUGCCCAAACAUGAGUCACUAUUCCAAACUAACUUCUAAUGAAUGGAUGUAUGAAGGUUUCAUUUUAUCGACAUUUUUGGUGAAUAAAAUAGAAGUAUGUUGAAAGAGAAGAAAAAAUUUUCCGAGAGAGAAAGUACAAAAAAUAUUUUAAAAAUGACAACUCAUGUGAGCUGUAGCCUAAAGGAAAAACUUUUUUAAAGAAAAAUAUAUAGCUUUUAAAAAACUAUAGUCUUUCAAAAACUUUGAUAAACGACAAAAAAAGCUCGGAUGUGAGCGAGAGGGUUUAAAGGAGCAGAACAAACUCUUGAUGCACGCUUUGAAACGAAGAGCUUGUUGAUUUUUUAUUCAUUGACUGUGCCUUCAAAUGUUGUUCAUGACGCGUUCAAAUGAAUUUCGGCGAUUUCAAAAUUGACUUCUCAAUCGUUAAUGCCGUGUUCAAAGUAAUUUCCGCGAAAUGCAAAAUGAUCUCUGACUCUCCAAAAUUUAGUGAUCUUUUCCUUUCUCUAACGGGUAUUUUGCAUUUCGCGGAAUCAAAUUGAACACGGCAUAAAAAUAUAUUUCAAGCUAUUUUCAUGUAGAAAAAAAAAAAUUAGAGCCCUCGCUCGUGCGCGGAAGUGCCUGAGGACGUCAAUUUUUCAUUUUUCUUUCCUUCUUAAGAAGAUCUUCCGUCCUUGUUUUUUGUCAUGAUUUUUAUUCUUUUUCAUGCUGUUUUGGAAAUUCGACAUUUUUGUUUUUAAUAAUUCUGAUAUUUUGUUGUUAACUUUUCAUUUCGCGGAAAUAACUUUGAACGCGGCUUAAAGAAAAAGACAAACGUUUGUUAUAUAUAGCUGAUUCACGGCUAUAUAGUUUGGGAUGCUAAGAGGCUGGUCUCUCUGCACUCUCCACGAUCCAGGCACUAUCUCGUGCAUUAUCGUGUCAGGACCCUUUUUUCGAUGGCUCAAGCCAGCCGUGAAUCAGCUAUACCUCCGAUAUAUCGGGAAGGUCGGAUUUCACAAAUGCAAAAUGCGGGCUGACUUUCCCAAAAAUAGGCGUCCUAAGUUUCACAGUUGUCUCGAUUCUGACAUGGAGCGCCAAAAAAAGGCGCCACAACUCUUUCUCUGACACACACUGUUUCGUCGUUAUCUAGCUGCGAGAAAACGACGUAAUAGUGUAUGUCAGAGAAAGAGUUGUGGCCCCCUUUUGUCGCUCCAUUUCGAUUACUCUUCUCUUUGCGCAAAUGUUAUUACUACGGAUUCAAAUAAUAAUGCCGCGUUCAAAGUUAUAUAUUUCAGCGAACUAGAAAUGACGAUCCGAGAGUGAGAAAGAUGUAAAAUUUUUAGAUAUUUAGAAGUCCUUUCUAAUUUCGCAAACUUUCUUUAUAAAACAAUUUAGUUGUUUGUUGAAUCCAAUCUUUUUCGAUACUCGAACCAUUUCCCUCACUUUUUUGUAGUAUUCUCGUUAAAAACGUGAUAGCUUUAAUUUUCAAAACGUUCACUUUCUUUUCCGUUCUCCAGUUUCAAAGCCGCUCAGAGAGGAAAUUUUCGAAAUUUUCUGUUUGUUUCUACUGUGGCACAAUGACCGAUGUUCGAACACGUAAAAAGUGAAACGGCGCCCUCGUAUCGAUCCGCUUGUGUUUUUUUGUUUUGUUUUCGUUCUCCUCGCUCACGUCCAUGCCAUACUUUUCUCUUGGUUUUAUCAAGCUGUUUUGUGUUUUUAUUUUCAUCUUCAAAAAAGUUAUCGAAAAUUUUCAAGAAACAAGCACCACUUUUUGAAAGCGUUUUAUUUUUCUUUAUCUUAUGUUUGUACGAUUAUCUUAUAGAUCAAUGCGAAUUUAAACAUACGUGCGAAGAAGGAAAUAUAGCCUCCUAACUUUUUCUUGGUUGUUUUUAAUUUUAUGGAACGAUGAGCGUUUGAAAACAAAAAAAAAUGUUUUUUUUAUUCAUUCCAUAUUCUCAAUUUUUUAAAUUUUCAUUUUUAAAUGUUUACUUCUCAGAAUUUCAUAAGCGGUGUGAUUCUAAAUAUUUCGAAAGAGGCAGCAACGAAAGUUACAACGUCAAUCGACGGUUUCUCGCCCAUAAAAAAACUCUAGAGAAAAAGAGAACGGAGAUUGUUGAAUGCUUUGCGCGUGUUCCUAUGGUUACAUCCAUUUGUGACGGUUCAACCACCGAAGCGGUCUUAUCUUUUUUUAUAAUAAUAAGGCUUCUGAUUCAACACUUUAUAUUCAGCAAAGUUGUCCUUAGUAUUAUUUUUAAGAGAAAAUUUUCAGGCAUGUCUUACCAGCAGCCGGGUUACAACCCGCAGUACCAAAAUCCUUACAACCAAAACGCUUACGGACAGAAUAUGGCUGGAGCUCCUCCUCCUCCUCCUGGAUGGAACCAGAACAACCAGUCUCAAAGUUCGUCCACUUUUCCUCACGCACAACUUUUACGAUGACAUAUUUUUUCAGGCUUUGUCCCGCCACCAAUGCCCAACAUGAUGCACUCGUCUCACGACGCUGAGACGGGCGAUGCCGGAAAAUAUUCUUUCCAAUUCAAGUUUGUUUUUAUACUUCGAUCAUCAUAUAAUACUGAGAUGUGAAUGGAGUUUUUUUAAGGCAAAAAAAUAAUACGAAAAAAAUUAGGAAUAUAUUUCAAGUUCAACGAGAGUUGAAAUUAAAAAUAUUUUUUUUGUUUAUGAUCUGUGGAUCGUAGGAAAAAAAAAAUGAUGACUCGUCGUCAGUAGUUCCCCUCUUCUUUCAGAGAAAGAAAAUUAGGGCUAUAUAUACAAAGUCUUUUAAUGAAUUAAAAGAUAAGAAAUCGAAGCUCAUAAAAGGAAUUAUGUGUAUUCAUCUUUAUUUGAUAAUUUCAGCGAUCGAUCGAUCAGAAUGGCCUUCAUCCGCAAAGUCUUCAUGCUCGUUUUCGUCAUGGUGGGUAUCAUCUCCGUCAGUUCUCAAAUAUGACCAUUUGCCUCCAGUUGGCCGUCGUCGCGUGCAUGACUGCCAUUCCGAUGCUCAACCCGGACGCGAAACUUUAUCUCCGCAGGAAUAUUGGACUGUACUGGGCCUCUUAGUGAGUGAAGCAUGGAGAAACGAUAACAUAGUUCAAGUAUAUUCCAGCAUUACGUUUUUCGUUGUCUACCUCGUCCUCAUGUGCUGCGAAUCUGUUAGAAGGUCUUUCCCCAUCAAUCUCAUCAUGACCGCCGUUUUCGUAAGUUCUUUUUAUUUUCGAUAUUUGUAAAUAUCACAGUUAUAUCUAUAAGUCAGAGAGGCAUGAUAUCAUCGAAUUGGUUUGUUGAAAUGCUGAAAAAUAAGCCUUCAUACUUUUCGGAACUUGAUUUAUUUUCAUUUUCAUAUAUCAACACAAAAUCAAUUCGGAGAUGUAGAAUAUUUCAAAAUGUUUCUUUUCCCAUGGUUAGCCGAACUAACAGAAAUUUUUGCUUCUUGAAGACGCUGGCUGUGGGAUACAUGACGAUGAUGAUCACGGCCCAGUACAACGUCCAAUCGGUGCUUUUGGCGUUGAUCAUCUGCACUUUCUGCUGCGGCGGAAUCAUCAUCUUCGCCUCGCAGUCCAAAUACGACCUCACCAAGUGAGGCUCAUUCUGCAGAGCUCAUCUUCAACUAUUUUAUCCUUCAGGAUGAUGGGCAUCAUGUUCAUUCUCUCAAUGUGCCUCAUGGCCUUUGGUCUCGUUGCCGCCAUCUCCACUAUCUGGCUCCGCGUCAGUUUCCUUUCUCACUAGGAAAAUGAUCUUCGAGAUUAUCAUUCAUUUCAAGAAAUAUUCAAAAAUAAUGAGAAAACGUUGAAACAAUAUUUUUUUAGAAUUUCCACUUGAAGAAAAAUUUCAGCAAAAAAACGAUUUUAGUGUCAAAAAAAGGCUCGUUGUAAAUUGAAGAAAAGUUAAUGAAAUAUUUUUCAGUGUUAUAUAAUAUUUACAAAUCCAAAUGGAGAACUUUUAAUACACUGAAUUCAAUGUGAUCUUACGAAUUGAGCUUCUUUUGUAGUUUUGAGGCAUUACUCUCAAUCAUUCAUCCGUAUUUCUGUUUUGUUUCUAAGAUACAAUUUUUCAAAAAUCAUUUUAAAGAUUCCGUUCAUCCACUCCAUCUACGCUCUCUGUGCCGCGGUCCUUUUCAUGGGAUACCUUGCCAUUGACAUCCAGGUAUUAGUUUCUAUUUUCAAUGGUUUUCAAUUUUUCCAUUCUUAUAUUUUUCCAUGAAGAAAGGCUUUUUUUUUUUGUUUAGAUGCUUAUGGGAGGCCGCAAGUUCGAGAUUUCGCCGGAGGACCACAUUUUCGCAGCCAUUCAAAUCUUCAUCGACAUCAUCUACAUCUUCUGGAUGAUCCUCAGUCUUCUCGGCAGUAGCAAGUGGGUGGUUUUUCUCCUUUUUCUCUGGUCCUUGUUCCCAUGACUUACGAGUGGAUUAAAGUUUUUCCAAAUCCGACGUUUGAAAGUAGGGAAAUUAUCGUUUUUUCCGGCAUUCAAAAUAACUCUAACAGAUCAAGUUUCGAUGUCGAAGUUGCAUUCUCUUCUACUCUCGUGGAAAUGAAGUUCAAAUAACUUCAUUUGUGUUUUUCUUGGGCUUUUGCUCAAUGAAAUCCUGAUCGAAAUUUUUAGAAAAGAUCAAACGUCGGAAUAGGAAAACUUUGACGUCUUUCAAUUAACAAAAUUUAUCUAGUUUUCUUUUACGUGUGGUUUUUUUUAACUGUUAACCGUGUUUCAAUCAGUUCAAAAAAAUAUAAAUCAAUGUUAUUUUUUUGGUUGGGUCGUAAAAAAAUUCAUGAAGAGCUUGAGAGCAACGUUUUUUUGGAUUCAGUUGAUAAUGAUAUUUAAAAGUAAUAAUUUGUCUUCCUUACAAAUAUUUAUUCACCGCUGGCUUGAACCUUCAUCAAGCAGAACUAAAGUUAGGCAAAUUAUCAAUAAGAGCUCGUAUUAGUUGACCUACAUCACGAAUUUAUGGGUUUUCUUGGAUUUGGUGUGUGUUUUUUGUGAUAUUCGCAUACAAAGAUAAAUUCUGAGAAGCUGGUUUCGAGAUUUUCGAAUUUUUAAACUUUUUGAAAAUUCUCAGAAAGAGGUCGCAGACAGCUUAUUGUAUCACUUUAUCGUGAGAAAAGUCGAGCGAGCGAUGAAUAAUUUGUAUCAAAAAAUCGGGAAGAAACUUAUUUCGGUGUCUGUUUUUUCAGGGACUAAUCCCGUCCAGCAUUUGCUGACGUCCCCAGGGCGAAAGCCGUUGGUUUUUCUUUGCCGUGCUAACAUCUAACGCUCUGCAUCUUUUUUCUGUUUCUGAUUUAUUUUUUGCUGAUGUAAAUAGUGAUACUUUCUGAAAACAAACUCGUCGUUUGCAGCAAUUGA